GAAACGGUCAGUGUUAUUAAAACUUCUAUACAUAAACAAAUAAAGAAAAUUGACAAACAAAGUUUAGUAUGUGGUAAUCUUACACAAGGCAAAUAUAGCUAAACGAUCGUCCGAAUUCAACAGCGAGUUCUUUGAGUUCUGCAGGAGGGCGGACGGGUUUAUGGAAAUUCCGUUCUGUUGUCAUACGUUUUACUCUGAGAACCUCAAAGCACCAGUCUGACUUCAUAAUUAAGCAUGAGCGGUCAGGAGGUGUCGCUGUUGCUGCAGGAGUGUCUGAGGCGCGCAGUCAGCGGACCGAAGGGAGACACGCAGACGCUUCACCGCGGGUCGUUUCCGGAUGAGUUGAACACGCUCCUACAGGAGGCCGCGGACAGAAAGUGGCCGUUCGUUGAGGAGAAAUGGCAGUACAAACAAUCCGUGACAUCUGAAGACAAAAUUAACUCUUCAGAUCUCAUCAGAGAACAUCUGCCGCAGUUACUGGUGUUUCUCAGAGACAGCAUCACAGCCGACGAGCCCAAGUGGGCGGUCGCAGUGGUUUUCCUGGCCGACCGUCUGCUGUACUGGAUGGACGGCUCUCAUGUGCUGUUGAAGAUUGCUAAAAUGCUGCACAAACGUUAUCCAGAUAUUCCCAUCGCCCCUCAGGUCAUCAUCAGACAGGCUCGUGUUUAUCUGAACACUGGUAAACUGCAGAAAGCCGAGUUCAUUCUCAGCAGUCUGAUCAAUAAUAAUGCUUCAACAGGCUCGUGGACGUAUCAGAAGGCCAGUGAUCAGACGCUAGUGCAAGCCGUCAGUCUUCAGGUGCGCGGACAAGUGCUGCAGAUGUUAGGUCUGUGGCUUGAGGCUGCUGAACUCAUAUGGGCAUCUCUGAUUGGCUUUUACGCUCUUCCUCAACCUGAUAAAAAGGGUAUUGGAACGUCUCUCGGGCUGCUGGCAAACAUACUGACCUCCAUGAAUGACCGAGACUUCGCUGCACUUCAGAGGAAGCCUCAUACUGACUUGAGUUUUCUAGGAGAGAGUCGUCAUCGUCUGCUGUCUGCGGCGCGAGCGGCCAAAAUGGCAGUUGUGUUCAGUCAGUAUGGAUCUCUGUACGUUCUGACCAAUGUGGUCGCCCAGGGCAUUUGUUUACUGUCCUACGGUUUCUCAGAAAAAUGCCCCGCGGAGGAUCAGCAGACGUACCUCGCUGUGGCUAAGGAGGCCUUUGAGAUCGGCUUAUUAACAAAGACGACAGGAGAUGUCAUCACCAGCAAGCUGGAGUUGCACACAUUUCUCAAAGCUGCUUACUGCUUAGCCACAACUCACAGAUGGACGACCGGCCUGUCCGAAACGGUCAUCUCAGCGAUGAACGUCUGUCGGGAAGCAAUGACUUUAUUCGUCGAAUACUGCGCUAGAGCCGACUCGACUUUGUGCACUGAGAUCAUGGCGAAGAUACAGCAGAUUAAGAUGCUGUUGAAGGUUGAAACAUUUCGUAAUUCUGAUCCACGCUCUUUUAUUCCAGACAGCUACCGAUCGAUGGAGUUCGGGCCUGUUUUGUUCACACUCAGCGAUUUUACAAAGGCACUGGAUGUUUUUGGAAAGCACCACAAGUCUGUUUGUGAGGCAUUCGAGAACGGCGUUCGAGGUGGUUCGUGCUCGACUCACGCGCAGUGUAUAACGGCCUUCCAGACGGACACGGAAGUUCUCGCAACGGUGCAGAAAGCGCCAGAUCACGGAGUGAAUCAUAUAAGUCCGUUUCCCUCCAAGCAGAAUUCAUCUAGCAGUGGAUCGUCUUUAAUUCUGGUCGAUCAAAGUUGUCAUACUGUCGACGAACAAAGCAGUCUUGGAUCUUAUGAGGUGGUUGAUCACUAUAGUCACAAUCGAAGUAGUGCUAGUCCAGCUGUUCCCAACAGCUUUAGGAACAACAAAGAAAACCAAAGUCAAUCCCAAGUGAUGCAACAACUCAUCACAACCGAAGACGUUGAGGACAACUCAUCAGAAAUAUCAGGCAUCCAAUGGCGAGACAAUGAGAAGAACCUGGACGCAAGAACGUCUUCGAGUUCUGUCAGCAGUGGCUCUUCAUGGGAGCGUGUACCAGGACGGUCUCAGAGCACCAUAGAAACCGAGGAGGACGUUACCGAUCCCUCUCAUGAUAGCAGCGAUGCAAAGGUUGGUUGCACCAAAGGUGGAAGCACUUCUUCGUUCUCCCUCUGCGACAGCUCUGCAUCACAUUCAUCUUGGCAAAAACUCUCCAUAAGCCCCGUCGCUAAUGUAGAACGACUUGAGUUAACACACAAAAGAGCAGAUCAACAUCUUCAGGUCCCAGACAAGAUUCAAGAAUGCCAAGGAACAACUCUGCCGUCCACCGAGAGUGACCCAUUUGAGGAACUGGGGUUUGAGGAUCUAUCAACACCCGAGAACCAUCGACCAUCGGCGAGACCCGUCAAACCCUUGUUUACUGGAGACAACGUGCCGCCAUGCAAGGACUGCUUCAAGAACUGCGUCAUGGGAAGUGACGUCCUGACUGAGCAAGACUACAGAUCUCUCCUGGCUGGGGUUUGUCAACGCUGCCUCGUCGAGAGACUGCCGAACAAACCGCUGCAGCCUCUGGAUCCCAGACAACUGGAGAAGGCGUACGAUGCCAUUGUCCUGAAGUACUCGAAGGCUUCUGACAUAUGGAUAGGCUCUGAAACCAGUGUUUACAUCGGGAAACUGAUGGGUGUCCAGGGCAAACAGAGACGAGCCAUUGAGGUGCAGUAUCUUCACCAGGAACAACUGCUCAGCAGCUAUGUAGGAAAGGAAUACUUGAAAGCUAAAGGUCUUCAUGCUCACCUUGAUGAUGUGGAGAGACAGAUGACUGCACAGUACUACGUUACCGAGUUUAAUAAACGCCUGUAUGAUAAUAACGUCACAACCCAGAUCUUCUUCAUCCCGUCUGAAGUGCUGCUGGUUUUACAGAAGGAUCGUGUCAUCACCUGUUUGUCUGCAGAGCCGUACAUGUCUGGGACGUUUGUAAAACUUACAAACAACGCAAGAGAUACAGACAAGAAGCAUGACGCGACUAAAUAUGGCAUCGCCUUUGGUCAUUUCACCUACGAGUUCUCCAAUCAUCAGGAAGUCGUGGUGGAUCUGCAAGGAUGGAUAGCGGCCAACGGGAAGGGCUUGACCUAUCUGACCGACCCUCAGAUUCACUCGCUUUCGAAGACGAGAUCCAGUAACUUCCAACAAACCGGAAUCAACAACUUCCUCCAACAUCAGCAUGGAGACGAGUGUAACGAGAUCUGUCGAGCCGCCGGACUCAAACUAAUCAGAUAAUAUGUAUAAAUAUAACAACAUCACGUGGAGUGAAUUUCAACUUUUCAUAGUCAUUUCAAUGUCAAAGAGUUUACCUGAAUUUACCCUAAUGUGUACUAUAAAAUAUUAAAUGGUUUAUUUAAAGAAAUGUAUAGGCUAUUAAAAAAAUGCUGUUCAUAUGAGAAAUGAGGAACUAACUGUUAUCAGUCACAUAUUACCUGAUCACAAGAACCUUUGGAUGCAAUAAAUGCAGUUUCACAUUGUGAAAUAUGUGGGUCACAUUCAA